AUGGAUGAAAAAGAUAAGUACGCAAACCAUAUAAGGAGGAAAAUCAUCAAAUUUUUUAAUCUGAAAAAUGAAGAACUCGAUCCCAGUUACAUUAAAUCUAUCCUCAACUGUAAGUCGUAUGACUUGUAUGGAUCCAUUUACCUCCUCAAUGAAUCGUUUUACGAAAAUGGAAGAAAUGAAAAGUGCUCCCUCAGCACUGUGCAAAAGUUUACCCUAGAUUUGGUAGAAGACAAGAAGAAGUUUAUAUGCUCUAGUGAGGACGACUCGGUUGGUAGGGCAACACAGGGGGGCGUCUCAUAUGGGAAGACUACUACCAACCAUGGCUCUAUCGCAGGGAAUGGCCCACCUGGCAACGUGGUAGAAGGGAAAACCAUCAACAGCUACUUCGAGGAGGUUUUUAAGAGGGAAGAUGUUCAUCCUAGCAGGAAAGGAACAAACAGAGUGAUUCCCAGUGAGGAUAAACAUGGAAAGGUCCUCCCUAAUAGAGAGGGUCUUAGGAAGGUAAAAAGGGUCGGACAAAUGGAAGGAGACCAAAAUGAGCAUGAACCGGGGUCAAGCACCAACGAUGCUACCACCCAUGGUGGGGAGCACCCCCUCGAUGCGGCAGUAAGGUUGGCAGACGAGACGGGGCCAAAAAAAGCAUCGACAAAAGUGAACAAAGAGAAAAACAGCAAACGGGGCGAUCACUCCCCGAAUGGUGAUAAGCCAAAUGGGGUAACCCCCCAAAAGGAAGAAUCACAAAAGUGGAAAGAAGCCCAAGGGAAGGUAAACCAACGGAAGGGCGCAACAAAAUUCGAAGUGGUGGAGCAUGGGCAUGAAGACGGUCGCACCCAGUUAGAGGACGACCAAACAAAGUCCACGACGAACCGGAAGGGGAAUUCCGAAAGUGACUACUUCGCCUUCUUCAACAUGAAGGAAAACUCCUACUCAUUGAAGACAGUUAUAGAUUUCAUCGAAAAUGACCAGGCCAAAAGUGACGAGCAGAACGAGUACGAAAAGGAGGAACAGAAAAAAGAAAAAAAAAAAAAAAAAAACACACAUAUUUGUACAUGCAAUGGGAGCAGCCAUCAGAUAUAUGCCAACUGCUUACUAUGCGGGAAGAUUUACUGCACGAAAAUAAAAUAUAGACAGUGCCUUUUUUGUGGGAACAUAUUGUACGAUUCGACUCUGAUUAACAAUCUGUUUACCCCGACAGAGAAUGGUGAAGAUGCCUACAAGAAGAUCCUUGCAACGAUGAAAGACUCCAACCCCUUUCUCUACAAAAAUUACUUCGAUCCUAGUAAUGCCUUUCUCAAGAAAGCCUUCAACCUGAGGGACAAAAUGCUGAGAAAUUCACUCAACGAGGAACACACAAAAAUAAUAGAUGACAGCAUUGACUGGUUCGAGGAUGACAUCAAAAAGGAGUUUAAUAACCCCAAUGUACAUUUUUCCAAUUAUGACGAUGAAAUAAAAAAUGAAAUAAUAGACAAGUACUACGAGAUUUUUGGGAAGAAGUAUGACGACAUAAACAUCGACAUCGACCUAGUGAACAUGAAAAUAACGGAGAACAAAGACCACGUGAAGAUUCAACAGUUCAAUGAUUACCUUAACGAACGGGAAAAUGAGUACCGGAAUGAGAUGGCACUGAAGAAGGCGAAUGACAUUAACGCGAGUAACGUCCACAGUUACUUGGCCAAUAAAGAAAGGAAAAAUUUGAAUUACAUAAAAGAUUUGCGCAAGUUAUUUUUUCGGGACACCUGUCAGAAGGGAGACAUUCCAGGGGGGGGCGCCUCUACCGAUGCCAUUGCCGCGGAAAGGAUAGCGCCACCUACACAGAGGAAGAAAAACCCAAUUGUACAAAUAGGGAAGGCAAGUAAGAAAUACAAAUGUCAUGCGCUCGGCGAAAGCGACGAAGAGUACGAACAUGUGGUGUGA